AUGGCUUCAACCCCCCUCGCCAACCUUCCUCGAGACUGCUGGUUCCAGAUACUGGAGUGUCUGCCAAAAGAUGAUUUGAACAGCCUGUCGCAAGUUUCCCACGACGCUCGUGCCUCAACUGAGCCUUUUCUCUAUCGAUCAAUUCACUGGGACUGGCAGCAUCCGCAAGUCCACAAAAUCCUGUGUCUUCUCCGGACUAUCUACGAUCGACCAGAGUUGGCUUGCUACAUCUGGAAUAUCAGUUUCGUAUGGUGGAACGUGGAAUCCAACAGAAACAUUUCCAUCCCUCAAGGGAAGCUUGACUGGACCAAGACAAUGCUAGAGUUUAGGCCCACUUUAAGAUGGGCUCGGAAGGUAGUUCGAGACGCAAGAUUCCCGGCAAACCUCGAUACCAAACUGAUUCAACGAAUCAAUGAUGGAGAUGCUUAUGUCUAUGCCACAAUGCUGAUCUCACAACUUCACAAUCUUCGCAGCCUUCGACUGGACUUUUCAUUCAUCCUUGAAGGGGGCUUCCCCGGGGAAGUGUUGCAUCAUUCUCUCUUCGGCAACGCACCUCCUGGCAUUUUAACUCAGUUCUCAAAAUUAGAGAUGGCCGACUAUGGAAGCAAUUUGCCUCUCACAGAGUUCCGCGAAAGUAUCGAUCCUAGGAAGGCCUACCAAUUCAUCCCCUGGUUCUACCUUCCUUCCUUAAGAAUUCUCGAAAUAUGGCUUCAUAGUGUGGAGGGAAUUUGUGUCUUUUCGGGGCGGAUUCCGAGAACAUCCUUGGGAUUCUCAAACCUGCGCAGUCUGGUUAUUGCCAAGACGCCUGUCUUACCCGAGAACAUCGCCAUACUGCUGUCUCGGUUGCCGUAUCUGGAGUCCUUGCACGUGGGCAUGGCUUAUAAAUGCCGGGCAACAAUCGAGUUCCUCAAGCGGCCUGGGUGCUUCCUUCAUUCUUUGGAAACUUCGAGCCAAACGAUCAAGCAUCUUUCUAUCAGCGUGGAGCUUCUCCCAUGUUGUCUAACAAACUUCCGUCUGCGUGUGUCAGGUGAAGAUGGUAAGCCCUUUCGUGGCAUGUUGAAGAGGUUUUCCCAGUUGAAAACGGCAUCUUUGCCACUCAAUUUUCUCAUCGGUUGGGGUACAACGGCCUACGAGCUUCGCGAUGUACUGCCAUUGACUCUCGAAGCCCUUCACAUAACGUCCGAUCUCUGGCAAAACUCAGAGCUGAUGGCGUUUGAAAUGACAGCACUUGGGGCGUUAGAACGCUUUAUGAGACACAAAGAGUAUGGCUCCCAUCCUUCUCUUCGAACUUUUUCCUACGAAGGACUGCAUGAGUAUAAUGAGGAUGAGCUCAGUGCUCUGGGCAUACAGGUCCAUGUUCACUACCCCUACUUGGUUAAGCGGGAAGCAAUGCUUCUGUUCUGUCUCAGGAGGGGGUACAAUCUGUUUUCUCGAUAUUCUGACUGCACAACUGGUUUCAUGUUGAAGCAUGCGAUGUGGGAAGACAACGUUGCUUACUGGUUCCCUUGGCCGUUCGCUGGGCUCGAUGAGCUUCCAGCAAGCAUGCCUCGAGAGAUCAGGAUGAGGGGCCUGACUGAUGUGAACUUCUCUAAUCGAAAUUCCUCUGAUGGGAACUGA